UCACAAAACCCAAGGUUAGCCACGGCUGUGGGUGUAAUACUCUCUCUCACCCUCUUCUCUUCCAGCUGGUUAAUGCACCUUCUGUCCCUCCCACUGCUCCAGACUGUCUGCGGCUUGACGGUCGGAUCCCGGCAGCUCAGAGCCAAAACUGCUCCAGCUACCAGCCAGGCCUGACGGUCACCCACGGCUUCCUCUACCCUCCCAACUUCAGCUCAUCUGUUCUUGAGCAGUACGAUGCUCUGGUUACUAGCAACAUUGUUCCUAUGUACAAAGAAUUUAAAAGAUUGUGGGAUUACUUCCAUACGACCCUACUUCCAAAAUAUGCUACUGAGAGAAAUGGACUAAAUGUGAUCAGUGGGCCUAUUUUUGAUUAUAAUUACGAUGGGCACUUUGAUUCUCGUGACACAAUCACACAGCAUGUAACCGAUACAGAGAUUCCCAUCCCAACCCAUUACUUUGUGGUGCUGACUAGCUGUGAGGAUCCAACCAAGACUCCACUGAAUUGUUCAGGCUCUUUGAAGGUUCUGUCUUUCAUUCUUCCUCAUCGUCCGGACAACUCAGAGAGCUGUGCUGACACAGUGCCAGAGAAUCUGUGGGUUGAAGAAAGAAUACAGACUCAUACAGCACGUGUUCGUGACGUGGAGCUUCUGACUGGUCUGAAUUUUUACUCAGAGCCCCAACAGCCUCUCUCUGAAAUCCUUCAGUUGAAGACAUUUCUACCUGUAUUUCAAACCCUUAUUUACUGAAUGUAAAUCUAGGGCUCCUCCCGAGGGAAGGCUCUUAGCCUCAGUGCUACUAAUAAUUAUAAACAAAAGCAAACAAACAAAAACAA